GCCAUGGCGAGGGCGGGCGGUGGGAUGGCGCCGCGGUUCUGGGUGCUGCGGUGCUGCUCCUGCCGCCUCUUCCAGGUGCAGCAGGCCAAGCGGAGCGGGAAGUGGAGCUGCAGCGUGUGCGGCCAGCGGCAGGCCGUGCAGAAGGUUUACGGCCAAGGGUCUGGCCUGGACUGUAGGCACCAUGUCCAGAAAUUAAACUUGCUGCAGGGUGAGGCAGAGGAAGCAAUUGGGCGGACACCUUGGUGCGUAGAAGAAUCUGUAACUGACAGCAAAAAUACAGCGGCCCAACGUGAAGACAGUUCAGUCCAGCAGGAGGGAAGGGCAAAAAUCAGUCGCUGGAGUAAAUAUCUGGAUGAGGACAGUGAAGAUCAGGAAGAUGGGGAGGAGGAGGCAGUUACAGAAAGGCAACAGUUCUGUUCCUGGAGGAAGAAUACUGUGGAAGAACAAAGGAAACAGCAGAAGAGCUUCCUCUCUAGUGAUGUUCAGGAGUAUGCAGAAGAAAACGGAGUUUUCCAGCUUGCCUACCAAGCCAAAAAGGUUAAAACCUCUGAGCACAAGAAAUGUUUAGUGCCUGAUCGAGAUGAUGGAGAUACUGUUCCUGGAGACAGCAUGGUUCCGGCUGUCAGUGAGUGUGUUGUGCCUGAGGAGAAUACACAAACCCCAACUGCUUGUACCAAACCCUCAAAGUGGGAAAAAUUUCUCUCAAGUUCUGACAGUUAUAGCGAAAAUGCUGCGAGGGUCACCUUGUCACCACAGGAGGGCAGUGGAAGGUUGGGGCUACACAGCACCACUGCAGCAGAUGCUGGUACAGUCAGAACUCCUCUACCUCAAGGUACAGGUUUUGAAUUGAAAAACCGUGUUGCUAGCACUGAGCAGCUUGCCUGGAAACUGCCCAGCACCAGUUGCUCAAUGGAGGAUGUGUUGUUCAAAGAACCUCAAAACCAAUUGAUGAGGGCAGGAUGUGGUGUCUCAGAGACCAGUGCCAGAAGGUGCUCUUUGGAUAGCAUGAGAAGGCCAAAUGCCCUUGUGAACUGUAACACUGGGCCAAAGCCCAGCAGUGUUUCUUGUGAACACCUCUUCUGCACAGAUGAGGAGUUUGAUGAUGAUCUCUGAGAAGUUCAGGCAACUUUGGCAUUGCUUUCUUGUUUGUCUCUAUAAUGUAUUUGGUAUGUUGAGUUCUGAGGCAAGAUUUACUCUGAGCCUUACAGAACUCUGUAAUUAAAGCAGAUUACUUGCUCUGUGGCUGUGUUUGGGGAAAGGGUAUGAGGGUGGAAAAGACUGUUGCAGUGGGCAAGUACCAAUGUUACACAGUGUUGUCUAGCAACCUCAUCAGUUAGAAAUGAGUGGAAGUAGGUCAGCUUGAGGGGGAAGCUCUACGGAUUCCCAGCUACUACAAUUAAAUUCUAUGAUUUACCUAUUACAAACUACAGCUCUUUUCCCUUGUGCUCUUUGUUUAGAUCUCCUAUAGCAACCCUUUCUUCCAGAACUGCAGUGCAGGCUUUGAGGCCAGCAUUUUGUUUCCCUUCAGAAGCAUAGCCUUAGGGGUACACCAAGGCAUGU